GUACGUACAGCAUGUUCUCGGGCUAAUAUCCGCCAGAAAACCAGGCCUGGUCGUUGUUUAGCGUAUUUUUCUAGUGGGUGGGCUCUGUUGCAGCGUACCUGAAUCAGGCUCCCCGUCCCUAGCUCGCCCCUCCCCUCCCCCAGCUGGCGCGUGCGCUGGUUGUUUUUAGCUGCCCCCUCCCUUGUCCUGGUAGCUCUCCCGUGGGCACGUUGUAUGGAAGAGGUACUUGUUUUUCAAUAUUUUUAACCUGCGAGGUCAUGUCUUUGCAUGGCCCUGGCUGGGCCUGCAUUAGCUUGUCUCCUCCUGCACCGGUACCUGUCCCUUAUUAUUUUUACUAUUUUUUUUGUUCACUUUAAUCGUCCCUAAUUUUCCGUAUGCCUCCCUUCGUUGUCACCUGCUUUUCUACAUUUGCUGCACUGUACACUGUACUCCCUCCAGCACUGCACCACCACUACCACCACCACGCCUCGCUCUAGCGCCGCUCGUUAUCCACUGUCCACUAUUUGACUCGGGGAUUUAUUACUGGCCCGCCGCCUACGCCCACGAUCGCAAAAGGCGACUAGAAGCCUUCCUCUCUAAGUUCUAUUACGCCCCCCGCCUCCCUUCGCUGGAGACCCCAUCGCCAAAUAUCCGCCGCCCCAAAUCUCCUCUUCCCUCUUCCUCUUCUUGCCCAGCACGCUUUCAAAGGCCUUCGCUCGUCUCUUCUUCGCUCUUGGCAUAUAAUCUUUUCUUUUUUAUAAUUACUGCCUAAUGAGCCGAAACACCUAAGACAACGCAACACAACCAUUCAUCUUCGUGGACAUCCAGCAUCAUCGAUCGGGUAGCCGCCCAUCGCCCGCCCUCUGAUCGACACCAACUGCCGCUUCGCCGCAAUCACCAGCUCUAACCUCGCGCAGCCAAGUUCGAGCUACCUCACCAGCAUGACGCUAUAAUUAUUCAUCCUUUUCCCGCUUGUUCUGAAUCCUCCGCCCAUUGUUCAACAGCUGCGGCAAGCUCCCCUUCACCAUGAACUUUCUCGACGGUUACUUGCUGGUGCCUCCAGAGCGAGGGCAGCUCAUCAACCGCUCCAGUUGGAAGGAGCGUUACAUAACUGUUGGUCGACGCCCGCUGUUCCCAGGCAGAGAUCGGAUCCCAGCUAGCUCUUCUCGCAUCCUGGCUUCUGGUCACCGCCCGACAGCUUCUAUUGCUACAGAUGAUAUAUUCCUGUCAGUCUUCAAGUUCAAAGACGACUAUGAGCCCAUACAGCAAUGGCCAGUCCGAACUGUCUCCGACUGUCAAGUGCAGCUACUGGCGUAUAAAAAGCAGGGACCUCUCUUGCCGACUCUAGUCAUUAAUAUAUCCGACAAAGAACGCAAAAGACGAUCCAGCAGAGCAGCCGGUCUCGUCUCGACCAACAAGGAAUCCGGUGCCAAUACAUUGUGGUUCAGAAUGGCACAGGAUGAGCCGCACCCCAGUCUUCACGAAUGGGCUCGAUUUAUUAUGUCAAAGGCAUCGAUAGACGCUCCUAGUCCUAUUUCGCCAGCAUUUACAUCACCCUUUGCUACUAGACCCCGAGAGGGCUCCGACUCCUACCACCGUCCUGGUAGCGGCAGUAACACAGGCAAGCCAUCUGACCGUGCAUUGCAGCACAAGAGUUCGACAGCGACCUACUCUACCGGCCCAAGAGAUCGUCAGACGACAUUUAGCUCCGAAUCUCCAAGCCUGCGUUCCAAACGAAGCGACGUCUCAUCCCCUUCAAGCAGCCACAACCAUGGCAUGAAAUACCCCACACCAGGCCGUCCUGCGGCAGAAUACAACGGCGAGUUUAUCGAAGGAUGGACAUCCGCACAAGGCCGAGCCGGCGUGACUUCUCCUACACGCCAGUUAGAAAUGCCGCCUCCUACUGCAGCUGAUGUCAACGCACCACCAGCCCCCGGCGAGACUAUCUUGGACAGAGCCUUUAAGUUGGGCCAUAUUCCUUUUGCCGAGGAGCAUAUUCCAGGCCAAGAAAAGCUCAGCUCCAUCGCGCGUUUCGAUGCACUCAUGCGUGAGGCAGAAGACAAGCGCAAACAGCGAGAGGCAGAGGAACGACGAGAGCAAAUGGCGAUGCGUAGUGCAUUCGACGAUGACGAUAGUUCGGACGAAUCCGCCUCGGAGGACUCGGAAAUCUCGAGUGACGAUGAAGAGCUGGAUACUUCCAAGCCCCUCAUGUCCCCUAGUGCUGAAAGAGCUUUGGCGUUCAUCGCUAGCCGCCAUGGAGAAGAACAACCCGCAUCCAAGCAUCGGCCCUCCGCCUCUCGCAACCACCUAAGCUUCCAUGCCAGCUCCAGCAGCAUCAGCCAGCUUGCUCCGGCCCGUCCUCAUACAUCACAUGCCAAGGCCAGACCUAUUAAUGGCCGUACGCAAAGCACUCCUCAGCUGGUUCCUCUCGCAGCCCCAGAUGCAUCUACGCUACCACGCAGAGUCAACACCGAGAAGCGACACUCUCACAACAGCAACCGCCUGAGCGUGAGCGACAUCACAAAACGCCUCUCAAGCAGCAGCAGCCUACUACUCGUUCAGACCAAUGUUAGCGGGGGCAGCAGUCGCGCCAGCAUGGAGAUCGAACCCAACAAUGCCGCUACGCACCGAACCAACCUUGCUGUCCGCCCAUCACCCAACCGACGUGACGAGCAGCAGCGAAAAUGCGCUGGCUGGCGUGGUAGCGUCGUUGGUGUGGUCGGCACUGAAGGUGGCUUCCUCUAAAGCACAGACACGCUCUCGUACGAUACAACAUCUCUUCCUCAUUUACGCCUUAUCUCAAAACCACACUCCCCCCAUAUGAUACCAAUUUGUCUCUGGUUCCGAGGGCUCUAUACCAUAAUAUGACCCCCCGCUCUUCUCCUUCCACUUCUCUUACGACGCUUACGACACGGCCCCCCUCCAAAUACCAAGCGACGCUUCAUUACUUAUUUGCCUUUUGUUUCCUUGUCAUUGUUUCUUUCCACCUUCUGAACGUCUUGAUGAGAAAGCUUUGCAUUUUAGCGAUUCCAUCCUGUUUUACAAUGGUUACAUUUUAGACGUCGACCUCUUUUUUGGCUAUAUAUCUUCUCCUUGUACAUGUAUCUCUUCUUAGUUGAUAGCAGCAUUCUUUGAGGAUGCAAAGAAUCGAAAAUGUAAGAUUUGUUCACCUAUGAAAACAAUUUGCAAGUCACUUGAGAAGUUCCGUGAAUCUGUAAAAAAAAACACAAACAUUAUGCCAUUCUGCUGUACCUACCUGAAUAUGCUAGUUAAACAGUCUAUCGCUUUUUAUCGUUUAAUUUCCCCUUUUUUUCCUCCCAUCAGCCUCAAAAACAAACAAAAAAAAUCAAAAUAUGCAAUAUGGUUCAGAUUUUCAAAAGUCACCCAUUGACACGCCAAACACACGUGUCAUCCUAUAGGCAUCGCUACUGUUCUUUUAUGAAAGGUAUUGAGCAAUGGCCUGCUGCUGGUCCGCAGGCAAACGCUCCGAAAUGAAGCCGGCAAUAGCGCCGUUGUGACGAGUGUUGGCAGCAGCCAUAUACUGCUUAACCCAGUCUGGCACGUUCUGGACCUCGGGGAAGUCGUCUCUGGCAACAGCCUUGCAGGUGUUGAGAGCUGUGAAGGACAUGCCGAAGCCAAUGUCGUCCAGAGACUGCUCGCUCACAAUGUCGUCGCCGACACCAGCAGCGACAACAGGGGCGUUGGCAAGAAGCGAUAGAAGGAUGCGGCAGGUGUUGCCCCAGCCCUUGGCGAACUUUUGAGCAAAGAUUUGCGAGUCACACAGAGUCUUGGUCAGUGAAACGCAAGCAGCCUUACGGUCGACAGGUCGAGCAAGCUUCUCAGUCUCAGCGAGGACAAAGGGAGGGUAGACCUGUGCAAAGGCACGCUCGUCGAGCUUGUCGGAGUGCUUAAUGAAGAAAUCGGCGCCGUAGCCAGCCUCAAGACGGGCACCGACGAGGUGGAAGAAUCGAGCGAAGCGGACCUUGAACGAAUCCGCAGGGUUACUCUGCAGCUUUGUGUAGAUGAGCUGGAGAAUGGUGCCAAAGUAUUGGUCAACGACAGC